AUGUCAACAAACAACAUUCAAUUCAAUGAAAACAUUUACACUUUGGCAACAAUCUCUGAAGCAAUGGAGUGUAUAUCUGUUCCUGGAGUGAUGACUCUUAGACUUGAUAUUACUAUAAAAGUUAGAACAUCUAAGUGGAGAGAUUGCUUGCUAGAAAUUGGUAAAUCAUGUGCAGUCAAAUGGAUUAUCUGUAAUUCUAACAAGCAAUCUACUGAUAUUACUGCUGAAGAAGCCAAAGACAGUGGUAUUAAGAUGUGCUUUUCCCAAGAGUAUUUGUGUCAUCGUGCUGGCACUUAUGAAUCCAAGGCAGCCAUGAGAGUAGUUCAGAAAAGAACUAAGAAAAAUAAGUGUUCUGCUCUUCUUCGUGUCAGAGGACUCUUUAAGACGCCAGAGUGGUAUGAGAUAACUUUGACAAAAGAUCAUACUGAGCAUACUCCUGGUGAUGUUCAUGAAGAUAUCCAUACUCUUCCUCUUGCAAAGAAAUACCUCCAUGAGCUGUCCCAACAAUUAGAACAGUCGUCUAAAUCUGCUAGCCAGAUACGUAUUGAUAUGCUGAGAGCUAUUGAUAGAUAUGGAAGAAAUUCUGAAUGCAAGGUCAACUAUUAUAACAUUUGGAACUUGAUGAAUAAGGCCAAUACCAGCUACUCACCAAGUUUAAACGUAUUUGCUUGUGGUUUUAUGUCGCCAAUACAGCAAAAUAAGAUGAAAAAUGCUGCUUCUUUUUGCUUGGAUGCCACUCAUGGUAUCUCUGAAAAAAUCGAUGAGAUUCUUUACACUCUUCUUAUCCAUGAUGAAGAAAUUGGUAGAGGCUGGCCUGUAGCAUAUAUGAUUACCAAUGAUAGAGGUGUGAGCCCCAUUGUGCAGUGGCUGCAAUUCUUAAAGUCUUCUCUCUUUCUUGUUAAUCCAAAACAAAUAACUAUUGAUUGCUGCUCGGCUAAAGUUCAUGCAAUUCAAACCAUCUUUCCUAUCACACAAAUCCAAUUCUGCAUAUUUCACGUAACUCAAGCAUGGAACAGAAAGCUCUCUGACUCCGUUAAGAUUCCUGGCUCUUUGCCAUCUGAGGCUUGUCUUCUUCGUAGUGAAAUGAUGAAAUCAUUUCAAGAGAUUGUGUACGAAGAAGAUUUAGAUCAGUUUCAUCACAAACUUGUAUAG